AAUUACUACAUGCUACAUGACUAAUACGUUCUUCCCCCUGUACUUCUCACAUAAAGCGACAGAGGCCGAGAAAGAGCUCAGCAGAAAAAUGAUGAAAUACUGGAGCAACUUUGCCCGAAAUGGGUGAGAUUCUUGGCUAUUUCAAAACACUAUGCUAGAGGAUAGAUUACCAAGGAACCACCCACUAACAGCGUCUCGUUGUUUCGGAUUGAGCCUCAUCCAGUCCGUCACCAUGACCAGGCACCAGUUCAGCACACCAACCAUCUCAGCAGCAGAAAGAGAGAUGCGUGCUGUCAGCAUACGGAUGGCAAUACGCUCCGAGAUGCUGUAUGGGCCCCACUCAGUGGCUUUACGUACAUGCCAAAAAGUACAAAACCAAAAUGCUGAAUAGGAACUGAAUUCUCGGCUCUAUCUUUUUCAGGAAUCCAAAUGGCAAAGGUUUGGUGGAAUGGCCUCAGUAUGGUCUGAAUGAAGAAUAUUUGGAAUUCAACCUGGAGCAAAGGAAAGCAGAGAAGCUGAGGAAGAACAAGGUGGACUUCUGGUUAAAGACACUGCCUGAAAAAAUGAAGAAAAUGGCUGAAGGAAAGGAAAAACAUGGGGAACUGUAACCAGUGGCCAAAUUGCCCCAGCUUAUUUUUGUUUGUUUUGAGAACAAACACUUUCCAACAAGAAUUAUUUCAGUCUGAAAAAUGCAUUUGUUCAACGCAUGUUCUAACGCCAAAAAUCUUAGCUAUUAUGAGAUACUAUUUAUACAGCAGAAAUGCCAGGUGAUUCACAUCAACAAUUAGGAAAUCCUGCCAAUGAUUUGAAGAGUAAUGAGUUUAUGCCCCAGUGCAGUUUAAGAAUCCUGGGCAUGGCUGCAACGCCUUGUUGAUUAGUCAGCUUAGGUCACUGAUCUUAAAAAACGUCUCACGCAAAUACUUGGCAAACAAGCACAGGCAGUUGGCAUUAUUUUAGGAGAGGCAUUUCACCUUUUCUAAGAUUGGGCCCACUUUGACAAGCUGACUUCCUCGCUGUUGGGUUUUAGAUGAAAAAUAUAAAUGGGGCAGGAAGUCACAGAAGGGAGAUGUUCAUGCCUAGCCCAUGAGGGUGGGACAAGUGUCCUUCAUGAUUUACUCCUCCUUGGGAGGACCUGCCGCCACCUCCCCUUUUCAAACACCAAGUGAAGAAAUCCAAAGCUUGGCAGGUUGGAUAGGAAUCUAAACGGGGUGGGGGCUCUUUGCAAACUCUGACCUGUGGACAGGCAGCUCAAAUUCAAUCUGUAAUCUGCAGUUCUUAACCUUGGAGCCUGUAUAAAGGCAGCAUCAUAUAAAGCAAACAGAGAGCACAGUUACACAGUACAAAAAAAAAUACAAACCAAAUACAAUACCUGAGAAGGUAUUCCCUUCUCAGAAUACCUGUGGAUUGGGAAAAUCCAGAUUUAGUGGGUGUAAAAUAAGGGCUGCCACUUAGAUGUGGAGGUUGUGAAGAAAUGAUAAUAAUAAACUGAGAGAUAUCUCAGUUGGUAGAGCAUGAGACUCUUAAUCUCAGGGUUGUGAGUUUGAGCCCCAUGUUGGGUGAAUGAUUCCUGCAUUGCGGGGGGGGGGGGGUUGCACUUAGAUGAUCCUUAUGGUCUAUGUUUCUAUAUGUAAAUGUAAAUGCAUCCAUUAAUUGGACAGGGAAAUUUAAACCUCAAAUCCACAUUACACUCCAAUGUGGAUGAGCACACAGUUCCGUGAGAAGGAAGUUUCCAAUCCUAACCUAGGAGCGCGGACAAAGUUCAGAGCGAAAUAGGUAGAGAGAUAUAAUCCCAUCUCAGCCUCACAGCCUUUUGAGUUUGUAGGGAUAAAGCUGCAAUCCCUCUAUCUAUCCUCACACAAGAAACGCCGCCCGCCCCCCGGACUCGAAAGGACCCACCUGAGCCUUACAGAACUGCCGCUUCUCGUAGGUCAGACCCAAUGUCCGUCCUGCAUUUCCCCUGGUUAACGUUACCACUGAAACCAGCACACAAAGCCAAAGGUACGCAAGCCAGCAAUUCCCUGUCUUGGUUGUGUACAAGACGACUCCACCACCGCCCGCAUCUUAAGUCCGCCCAGAGCCCUGGCAACCUUCCACGCGCCCUGCGCGCCAACUCACGGAGCCCGUUUCCGCUUCAAUGAAGCAGCAGCCUCCUCGCCUGCUUUCGGUUCGUGUAUUUUUGCACAGGGUUGCUACGUUACAGGUGAUUCCGGGUGCUCCAAGGUGUCUAUUUCAAAAGCACUAACAAACGCACAGGCAUGGUGGCAAGGAGCCAUUUCUGUCCCUCCAACUGCCCCCUUCUGCCAGAAUGCGCAAAAAAAAAAAAAAAGUAUUAUUAAGUUAAAUCCAGGGACUCACACCAUCCUCCAAGGUGCUCUCUCAUCUCCUGCAAACACGCAGCUAGCAAACGGACCUACUUACUAGCAGUUCAGGCUCAGAAGAACAGCGGCUGGAUGGAAGAAGAGGAUCCCUGGGUUCAUGGGAUUUGUAAGGGGGAGGAGAGGGAGAGGGGUGUGGGUGACUUAGAGAUCUCCUUGGUGUUCCUUGGCAAAAUGAGCCACAAGAAAGACCCUCCUUUCCCGGUCACCUUAUAUUCAGUUACCCUUGCAACCUUCCAAACCCCCAGUCUCUGAUCACACCUCAGGGCAAUGCGGGAGGACAGUUCUCUUGCAUUGCCAAUGGCUCUCAAUGGAGUUGUUUCUUAAUGGCCCUAGCUUGGCCAGGUCGUUUUGCAUAGGCUAGCCCAGGAAUUUCUCUGCAGCUUGUUGUUCUCCCACAUAAUCAAAAUCCUACCAUUUAUUAAUUUCUGGGGUUUAGAGCCCCAUCAAAUCUAUAACAAUAUUAAUUUGUUCCAGUGAGCAUAUGGCUAGUGCUCAAAGCCAGAACCAUAGCAAAAGAAACAAACAAAACCCCCUGA